GUCGCACGGCGUUCAGUCGAGCACCGACGUCGUCGACGGCGACGUCGUCUCCUCCCUUGCGCCUGGACGCCACCCUUGAGUCUCGUCGUCGCGCCAUCACAGUGCCAUGUGAUAGUCUCACCGUUCGACAACGCGCUCGACUAUGCCCGACUUAUGACAGAGUAACGCGCGCGAAGAAGCCACCGAAAAUUUUGACAAUCGUUGAAAUUCGUUCUUUUCUGUAUCUCGGGAUGACGAAACUUUUUCUGCGAUCAUCUUUUACGAUGAUUACGAAGCGCGCUGAAACUUUGCGAGCGUAGACUAAUCGAGAGACUUUCGUUCGGAUCUCGAGGAGUGGCGCGAGAAAUGGCAGGGCACGUCCGUGGAUGGAACCACGUGCGAGUGGUCGGUGCGAAAGCGAACGAUAGGAUUUUCCUGCGAUUCUCGACGACGCGACGUUGAAGUUGAAAACUGAAUAACUGACUAGGCAGGUGCGUGACACGUACGGAGCAUGUAAGACAAUGCGGUGGUGUGGUGGUCCCUGCGAUCUCCUGCGGCGCAAGAUUUUCGUUCUUUUCGUUCUGAUCGGCUGCAGCGAUGGCUAUUUUAAUAUAUUCAUCAGUCACUCUCAGGUCAUGAAGCUUUUAGGACUCGAGGCCGAGUUGUACUACGUGCGGGAGGGGGUGGUCAACACGUACGCGAUGAAUUUCGUCGUGCCUGUGCCGGCGAACAUAGCGGACCUAGAAUUUUCAUGGCAGAGCCUCGUAGGGCACCCGCUACCGUAUUCGAUGGAAUUGGACUACGACGUGGUGGGCGUCCCGGGUGGACCAUCUUCCGGGAUGAGGGCGUUACUGCCACCGAAGGUAAACGUGUCUGCCAGAGGCGAGGUUCCGAUCACCCUGCAGGUCUUCAGGAUCAGAUUGCCGUGCUCGGGUGUCGUUAGCGCCGAAAUUCCUUUGGCGCUCAGAUUGAACGUCACGGCGCCGCCCGGCACUAGGUACAACGACACCGUCUUGGUCUUCAAGAGGAACAAGAUCUGCUUGAAAGGUGUCGAGACUCCUCCUAGCAACGACUCGGUGCGUUUAGAACCCGAUCCGCUCAUGAACGGUGCCGGUGCACUCUACGUCGCCGCUACCUGUGCCUGCGCCUUAAUUUUGGUCGUCGGCAGCGUGGCCAGCGCGUUGUACAUCCGCAACAGCAAGGCUCGCGUUCAAGAAUCGCAGAAAACUCUGCCCUGCUGCAGUUACUCCGCGGCCGACACCGGCGGCCUGGCCAGGAGUUCCGUUUUAGUUAGGGUCGACCCACGACCCGGAAGUGCAAAUUCCGGAAGUUACGCCACCAUUGCCGACCUCGAGCCGCUGUACGCGAGGCCAUGCGGUUCCAGAGCUAGUUACUACGCGGCGAGCCAUGUGACGCAUCUCAGCCAGUCGACCGAUCCAUGUGAGAAGGCCAGAGCACUCGCAGUAUCGAGAUCGGCAUUAUACUGUCGCACUCUCGUGCAGGAGGGUACUUUCGGUCGUGUAUACAAAGGAACUUUGGAGUUAGCCGGACGAGAGCAAGAAGUCAUCAUAAAGACAGUCACAGAAGUGGCAUCCGCUUAUCAAGCUUCUCUUCUGGUGGUGGAAGGCUCGCAACUGGCUGGAUUAGUUCAUACAAACAUCGCCUCUUUGGCAGCCGCUUGUCUGGACAGUUCGUGCCCUUUGCUGGCGUACACAAGCACGGCCGGUGAACUAAACCUAAAAGUCUAUCUUACGGAUGGAAAUCACCAUCCGGUGACUAGAGAUUUGGUACACGUUGGUGCGCAGGUUGCUAGAGCAGGGGCAUUUCUUCACGGGCGAGGUCUGUUACAUAGGGAUAUCGCUGCCAGAAAUUGCAUAAUCGAGCCGGGCAGCCUUCGCGUGAGACUAGCUGACGCUGCCCUGGCUCGAGAUCUCUUCCCUCAGGACUAUCAUUGUCUCGGUGAUAACGAGAACCGACCCAUACGCUGGAUGGCCCUAGAGAGUCUCCAGCGCAACGAAUAUAGCACGGCGACCGACGUGUGGGCCUUCGGGGUAUUCCUAUGGGAACUGGCGACACUGGGUCAGCAGCCGUACGUAGAAGUGGACCCGUUUGAAAUGAUGGCGUGUCUCCGAGACGGAUAUCGGCUCGCUCAGCCGAGGCCUUGUCCCGAUGAGCUCUUCGCCUGUAUGGAGGCCUGCUGGCUCAGUCCCUCUAGGGACCGACCAACCAUGCCGCAGUUGCUCGCCUAUUUGCAAGAUUUCCACGAUGCGCUCGGCGGAUUCAUUUAAAUCGUUUGUCAGCGCAUUGUCGAUUCAAAUUUCAUCAAUUGCACACAGCUAAUUAAAUUCCCUUAGAAUCGUAUCGUAAUCAUAUUGCGAACGGCCGGAUGAAGAAGACUGUCCGAAAAACUCAUUCCGAAACGCCGAAAGUAUGUACAUCCGCUAAGUUCGCAAUCAAAUUGAAAGUUUGAAGAAAAAACAGAAUCAAAGUCGCAUGGAAUUGAACGUCGCUGCCCAUUUGCGACCCACUGGUCUUAUAUCCGGUGCAAUUUAUUGCUGCCAUACGUACUGAUACCUACUAAAAAUUAUAUUUAUCCCAGUUGAAUCAAAGUAGAAUAUCAUUGUCUUUUAAUUGGUGAAAGAAUUGUCGCAAAAAAAAUCGACACGGACACAUCCGUCCAUAGUAGUUAAAACACAUGUACAUGAACUUUUAAAUCUCGCAUUUGAGCGACUCACAAAAAGCCGGUUAAUAUCGCGCGAAAGAGCCUUAUCUUCGAUAUUACGAAAUGCGGAAAUGGAUCUUUUUUUUUCUUAGCUCUUGGGCUAACAAAACAAUUUUACGAAACUGCCACUUCACAGUAAAAUUAUGAAAAAAUGGAAGAAGUUAAAUGCGCAGUAUAAAGAACUUGUCAACAUCUAGGUGUUUUUUAUAUAAGACUUAUAUACUUAAAUAAAUAUGAUAUAAAUUUAAAAAAAAGUCACACACGCAGCAAGACACUUAGCCAAUUUUUAUGAACAAUAUUUUAUAAAGUAACUUGCUAUGAAUGGAGGUUGUUUCUAAUAUGUACGUUUUCCCCUUAAGAAAAUCUUAUUUUACUGGGUUAAAUUUAUUUAAGAAAGUAUCUUACAAAGAUCUCAUAAUUCGCAGAUGCGGCUUUUGCCUGAGUCAGCUCGACAGACUGCGCGCAAAAUGCGCCUGCAACGUGGCUAUUCUUUAUCCUUUCGACGCCGUUGUAAGCGCGGGAUUCAGGCGAAUAAAUGGAAAUGCCGCGUCUUCCAUCUGUAUUAAUUAGCGUCUGUAAACAGAUUGCUGUCUUGAAUAAGUAAAUUUUCAAUUAGUUAAGUUAAUUAAUAAGUGGUAAGCAAAAGAUAUACAUUCAGUUCAUUGAGGAAGCUCCUUGGUUACACGGAAAUAUGAGAAUAAAGAAAACAGCUUGCCAAUCCAGACGAAAUAAAUUUAUAAAAUCAUUAUUAGAAGUGCAUAUUGCAAGAGUAUACGCUUUUUUAUUCGUGUUAAUGUACAUUUAGGAGAUAAAAUACGCCGGAACGAAUCGUAAGAGAUUGAUCAAUCUUUUUUAAAUUAAUCGCGCUACGAAGAAUCGUAUUUAAUAUUAAAAUAUUAUAAAAUAUACAAAUCGAAAUUAUUACGUGGGAAAUUCUAAUGUCCUUUAUCAGCGAGAUAAUUUUAUAUUCCUGAGAUUAUGACAAUAUUAAUAUACUAAUAAAAUUAUGUAACGAGUUGAUGCACACGCACAUGUACACGCAUUCGUUACAUAAAAUGGCUAUAAACGUGUAAGAUUGGUUAAUUAGGUCAGUUCGUUUCAUUCAUUCGAUUUUACGAGCGUUUGCGCCGCUAUCGGGCCUGCACGGCUUUCUGUCAAACUGCACAAGUUUUCCGCUACGAAAAUUGUCUCGACGAACGUCACACAAACCGCGCAAAGAAAGGCUCACACGUGCACACGACCCGAUCGAGCCGCUCGAUCGUUAUUCAUUAACAAUCGCGAUUGCGUCACCUCGAAUAAUCGUGACCGGAACGACGGAGAGUGCAAAAGCAAAGCUCCGAACACUUAAGAAUCCUAUUGUUGUAUAUGAUCCUCGGUGAACACAACGCUGUUCCGUAAAUGGGCGGUCGAACUAUACGUACUUUAUAGCUAGGUAUCUAUUAUUACACUGCGAAAAGCCAUUUCGAAUUCCCCUAAGACUCGCGCCGGCAACAAGCUCGAAUCUUGCAAAAUCGAUGCUGGAUCUUAAUGUCGGGUCUCGGGAAAAUGGCCCCGCGCACAAAAUUAUCUCGAUUUCUACCUCGACGCUCGAUCCUUUCGAUUGCACCGCAUCGACUCGCAAUGAUCUCGUCUGACAGAGCCCUAAGUGCUAAAUAAUACUUAUUAAAAGCAGAAGUGCUUAGCUUGAUGGGACUUGUCGAAGGAAAAUGCGAUGGUUCCAGAAUAUUUUUGCAAAUUAUCAUCAUCAUUCUUGAUACCUGUUUACAGCCAGCAUUACAAAUGUAUGCUGACAUAAGUAAUUUUUAUAUAUAAUGAAUAAUGAUUAAAGCUACAUUUUUAUUUAUACAUUUUAUUCAGAGUAUACAAUUUAUACUCGGCAAAAAAUGCGUUUAUAUUUUAGAUUGUAUUGUUAAAUGGAACUGCGUCUUUUAAUUGAUCGUGAAAUAUUCCAUCAUUGAUUUUAAAUCGAUAUUUAACAUUUUUCUGCCGUUUGAGUUUUUGCAAGAUGCUAUUUUAUUGUUUGUUGUAAAUAAAAUUACCACAGAUGUCAGCGAUGAACACGGUGAAAGGUUUCGCCGUGACAUUUCCAUCGUAGAAAGAUAUUACCGAGGGAAAUGGAGUUAGAACCUGACUGGCUGCUUCUGUGAGUUGCUUAAAAGAUAUAAUUAAUAUUUAUCUUCACGUUGCAAAAAUAAUAAUGAUGUCAAAAUUAUUUGAUUUAUUCUUAGGUGCGUUGCGGUAUAUCUAAAUACUGCUCGUAUUGCUAAAAUUGUACUUUGUGAAGUAAAUCUUUCUGAUGUUGUUGCAUUCAUUUAAUUAUUACACUACGCUCAAAAAAGAAGUGUUUAAUUUUAAGAUUUUUAAAUGUUCUGUUUUUGUCUCCAUUUUUUAAAUACGUAAAACACCGAUUAAAACAAAAAUACUUUUCAGAAUUUAAAAACGGAGACAGAAACAUAAUGUUCCGAUAUCUUAAAAUUAAACACUUUUUUUUUAAGUAUACAAGUACAUAUCGUUGACAUACCAGAGUGCAUUACACGUAAUCGUAUUAGUUCAAUUGCGCUUAUUCCAUAUCUUUUCUGUUGCAAGCGCAAUUGCGCAAGUAGCAGCUAAAGCUGGUAAGGCGUAUGAAAACGAGACGAGGGACUAGAAAACACGUUUAUCGAUGUAUUAAACAUGCAAUACUGAUCUCACAGGAUAAAAUUAAACUGCACAGGAGAGUCACAUUGCGCCGCGUAAACCAGGAUAUCCUAGAUUCAUCGCCUUUCCUCUUAAUGACAGAUUCCUUUAUGGCAAAAUAAGAGAAUGCAAUGUAUCAUUUGGUUUCAAAAUCUCUUUGUUAAAUCGCAAUGUCCUUGUCAUUGAUUAAGGAUGUUUUGGGAUUCCAUAAUAUCAGCUAAACGUUAUCCAUAUUUCAAAACUGUAGACUUCUUAGAUUUAUUCUUUUUUUCCUAUCAAAUGAUAAACAAUUUUUAAUAAGUGAAUACAAAUGAACAUUUCUUAAUAAUUUAUUAGUAUACGUAUAAAAAUUUGAUUUUAUUCAUAAUGCUACUUCCUCAUCAAAUUGGCAAAUAAGUACUGUAAUUUUACAUGAAGAAUCAAAGUUAAAUAAUUUUUAAACUAAUAAGAGAAUUAAUUUAAAAAAUGUGUAAAAUUUGUAAACUUUUCUCUAAAAUGUAACACGCAUAUCCUUCAAGCAAGUUGUUUAUUCGUGUUCGUUUGGAUCCGACUUUAUGCGAGUAGCAGGUGCAAAUCGAACGAGCGAAGAUUACACAUUUGCGGCGCGAGACAUACGUAAGACACUUUUAAAUGUACUCGAUGUGUACUAAAUGUCGCAUGUUCCUGACCACGACCAGAAACUUUAUCGCACACAUCUUUUACUCGUCGUUUUCUGUCCCCCUUCCCCCUCCUCCCCCCCUCUUCUUCACUAAUCUGCUCUGUCGAUUUACCGCGCGAACGUUACGAGAACGACACGUGUCUCGUACUGCGGCCAGGCUAAUUAUCGAUAUUGCUAUUUAAUAACUAUCGCUCGCUACUAUUUAUUGCGACGCUCUAAAGUCGUGCGUUUAAAGAAAUCGUCGGAUUCUAUGAUGUAUUCGUGAAUGUCUUUGAAUGGAGGAACAGGGUAGGCUGUAACUGCACACUUUUUCGCUAUCGCUGUAUAAUGAAAUCGCUGCUCGUUUUUUCCGCGCAAACGUAUACAUAUAUUCUCUCUUUUCCCAUAAUCAUUCUUCCUUCCCUGUUAAGAAAACGAAAAAAAAAAUCCGUUGGCGCUGGGGAUCCGAUUAUUUCCGCUUCGAUAUCGUCCCCUCGCCUUCGGGAAUGAAAACCCCUCUUCGGACGACAGUUCCAGUCAUUGUAAAUAUUUGUAGCGAAUAACAGUAGUGCGUUGCGCGCGAGAGAAAAAAAAUGAAAGCGAGAGAAAGAGACUGAGAGAAUGAGAAAGAGAGAGAGAGAAAGAGAGAAUGCGUGAGAGAGAGAGAAAGAAAGAGAGAGUUGAUUUGUGCAGAUUCUAUUAUUUCCUACGACGAUUUACGGCAUUAUUUUUCAACGGAAAGUGAAAUAUACGUGUUAAAAAAA